CACUGAUAGGUGGCACUGCCUGGCAUUGAUAGGUGGCACUGACUGGCACUGGUAUGUGGUACUGAAAGGCAGCUCAGAUGGGCAUUGAUAUGUGACAUUGAUGUGCACUGGUAGACACUGAUAUGUGGCAUUGAUGUGACACUGAUGGACACUGGCAGGUGGCAUUGAUGAGCACUGACAGCUGGCAUUGAUGGACACUGACAAGUGGCACUGCUGGGGCUACAAUGAUCAUCAGGGCACACUGAUCGUCACUGUCAGCGUGACAGCUUGUGAGGAGAGAAAUGCCGAUAACCGGCAUUUCCCUAUUUACAUGCGAUCAGCUGUG